AUGUCUUCUCUUCACCCCUUUGACCCCAUCACCCCUGGGGAGAUCCAGCUGGCUGUUCGCAUUUUGGAGGCCGCCUUCCCUGGUGUCAAAUUGCGGUACAAGCGCAUUGAUCUCCAGGAGCCCACCAAGCAUGAGACUAUUCCCUAUCUCGAGGCUGAGCGUCUCGGCAAGCCGCGUCCUCGUAAACCGGCGCGUUUGCUGAUGGCCUUGUUCCAUCGCCUUGACAAUGGUUCUUUCUACAAGGCUAUUUUGAACGCAGACACCAAGUCCGUUGUGUCAGCAAAGGAGCUUCCUAAGGAAGUCCAAGGUCCCCUGGAUUUUGAUGAGAUGAUGGAGAUUGAGGCACUUUGCUUGAGCCACCCGGCUGUUCAAGCGGAGAUUGAAAAGUUGAAACUUCCAGCUGGAGUGACAGUUUGCAUGGACCCGUGGAUCUAUGGCACUGAGGAUGCCAAUGAAUCUCGGCGCUUGUUCCAAUGCUAUAUUUACAUUGUGGCUGUUGACCACCCACAAAACAACCAAUACUCUACCCCCUGCAAGUUUUCUCCUGUCUUCGAUGGCAUCACUCGUGAGCUGGUGCGGAUGGACUAUCUCCCUGGUGGAGCCGAUACCCAGACCACGGAGACACAGCCAUGGAAGCAGGUGCCCACAGUCCAGUACGCCCAUGAACUGCUUGAUGAGCCACUGCGCACUGAUUUGAAGCCAUAUAUCGUGCAACAGCCGGAAGGUGCUUCCUUCAACGUCAUUGGCAAUGCGGUCUCAUGGCAAAAGUGGCGCUUCCGUGUCGGCUUCAACAACCGCGAGGGCUUAGUCCUGCACAAUGUGACCUAUGAUGGCCGCAACACCUUCUAUCGCUUGUCUUUCUCAGAGAUGACCGUUCCUUAUGGCGAUCCCCGUGCCCCUUACCACCGCAAGCAGGCCUUUGAUGUUGGUGACGUUGGUUUCGGCAUCACAGCAAACCAACUCUCCCUUGGCUGCGACUGUCUUGGGCAUAUCAAAUAUUUCGAUGGUUUCCGCACCGACUCCAAGGGCGAACCUGUUCAACUAAAGAAUGUAAUUUGCAUGCACGAGCAGGAUAACGGCCUGCAGCACAAGCACACUAACUACCGCACUGACGCUGCGACGGUCGUUCGCAACCGCCAGCUCGUGGUGCAGAUGAUCUGUACUGUGGCCAACUAUGAGUAUAUCUUUGCAUUCAUUCUCGACCAAGCUGCAAACAUUGAGCUUGAGGUUCGUGCGACGGGUAUUUUGUCCACCGUUCCAUUUGAUAAUACCGAAGGCCAGACCGUGCCAUGGGGUACCAAUGUGGGUCCCGGAGUGAUGGCCCCUUACCAUCAGCACAUGUUCUCACUGCGCAUUGAUCCUGCUUUGGACGGAUACAAGAAUACUAUCUAUUACGAGGAUAGUGUUCCCAUGCCCGAGGACGACUCAAACCCUUGGCUGGUCGGAUACACUACCGAGAAGAAUGUCAUCAAGAAGAGCGGCAGCGCCUCGACCAGCGUUGAGAAGCACCGUGUGUUCAAGAUCCGCAAUGAUAACAUCAUCAACCCCAUAACCCACCACCCCAUCGCCUAUAAGCUGCAAACCAGCCCAAGCCAGAUGAUCCUGGCCCAUCCCAAGUCUUUCAGCUUGAAGCGCGCGCAGUUCGCCACGCGCCCUAUCUGGGUAACCAAGUACCAAGACGAUGAGCUCUUUGCUGCCGGCGAGUUCACCAACCAGAGCAAGAAGUCCGAGGGAGUUGAAGUGUGGGCGGCACGCAACGAUAGCGUGGAGGAUGAAGAUGUUGUUCUCUGGCACACAUUCGGUCUUACCCACAACCCUCGCAUUGAAGACUUCCCUGUGAUGCCCAUGGAGCGUGUCAGCGUCAUGCUCAAGCCGGACGGUUUCUUCACUAAGAACCCGGCCCUGGACGUUCCCCAGUCAUCUCAGUCGUUCAACCAGUCCACCCAGCACCCGGAGCCAUCUUGCUGCUCUGGGCCACAGGAUCGGAACCAGGUGAAGCUUUGA